GGGUUUGGGACAAAAAAGACCGAAAACAGAAACUCGGUACACAUUUUGCCUACAGGCACGCCGUGCCUACCAGAAUUACACCAGGUCAUUCAACAUCAACAUCUUCCAUAUGGGUGUCGGUGGAUCGUCCCCAAGUCAUACAAGAAUGCCCCAAGACACUGUGUGCGCUUGUACCGGGACCUUUUUAAUCGCAUGAGUGAGAGUCAGUUUGACUUCUUUCCCUACCCGUUCAACACACUCCCACAUAUCUGCGUUGAUGACAUCUAGCUUUGGGCAUACGAGGGGAUGCUCAUAUUUUGCAAUAUAGCUGAAAGGCAUUACCCUGAUCGAUUUCUUCAACAGUACUAUAUAAUGUCAGAUAUUCCACAAGACGCUAAGAAGGGUAAUGAUCAUCACACUAGUCGUUCUGCCGUAUCAACAUCUGUCUUGACAAUGUAGGCAAACCGAAAGAAUAGUGUAUACCUGCUGGAUUAAGAACAACAAAGGUAGCGACUGAUAGGUACCAAAAUGGUACUCGCGGCAUGGGAUGAUACGUGUCGGGAACCCUUCUCACGUUGCGCCGGCGACACGAUACACCCCGACAGCACGUGAUUGGGGGCUUAUGCAGGGCUUUCACGAUGUGUAUGAGCUCGCGAACCAGGCGGCGGGUUAUGAAAACAUUAAAGAACGGCUUGAGCGGUUGGCCAUGGAUGUAGGUGAUGAAAUGAUGCUCCACCAGGGUGUUUUUCUUUACCCAAAUGCACAAGAUGAGCCCGCUCCCGUCCCUCGUCUUACGCCUGAUCGACGAAUAGAUGCUCCCAGCUGUGAUCGCACACAUGGUCACGUUGAUGAAGAUAGAGAUGAAUAUGCUGGUGACAGUGGAAACGAGGAAGAGGGUGAUGCAGCUGAAUAUGAAGGUGGGGGUGGGGAAUCACAAUUCUCUUCGCAUCAAGAUUUCACAAUUUUUGAACCACCGCUGUAUUAUGGUUCUUAUCAGUACUCUACAUAGUCAAAUGCAUAUUUUUCCACUUUUGAAGACACACCGGGGUUUUGGAACACUGGCGGCGGUGACAUGCCAGGGCCGAGCAAGCAACGUUAGAUGUAGUAUUAAAUUUAUUAUUGUAUGCACG